CAGUGAAGUCACCUGGUGAAGGUCUUGGUUGGAGGUGUCUUCUGAGGUGUCUUCUGAGCAGCAUAUGAGACAAAAAUACUAACAGCUAACAUCAUGAUGAUCACUGUGGCAGUGACUCUUCAUUCAGCAGUAAGUCCAGUGGGUGGCGCUAAUAAGUCCUCCAGCUGGAUUGCCAACCGCCAAUAGAAUGUACAGAAGAAGAAGGCGCUAAAGGCUGCAUCGUAACGAGUCGGGAAACAAAAACAAACUGCAAACUUUGCAAUGCCAGUCGUUGUUGAAAAGCCUUUGAAGGACAAAGAAAGUUGAGGAGGAAAUGUGAGAGCAUGUCCAGGCUGCAGGAGCUGAGGUCGCUGGUCCAGCAGCGCCUGAGCGCGGCUCUGGACGACGUUUUUGGGCUGUUGGAAAGAACGAUAGCGGCGCACGACGAGGAGCUGUCUCAUUUAAAGGAGGAGAACGAGCGGCAGAGGAAGCUACUGAGCGAAGUGCAACUACACACAGCAGAGUUUUCCCAGCAGCUGCUGGUGAGUAAAGAAGAGGAUCCCUCUGAGCAGCAGGAGUGCUGCCCCAGUCUGAACCAGGAGGACCUGUGGACCCAGCUUCAAGGGCUGCAGGAGGCUGAAAGCAAGUUCCCCUUCACUCCUGUCCCUGUGAAGAGUGAAGAUGAUGAAGAGAAAGCUCAGUCCUCACAGCUUUGUCAAAACCAGCCCGAGGAGAACAGAGAGGUGGAGUCUCAAGCCAGCAUCUCCACUGAACAGAUGAAAACAGAAGCUGAUGGAGAGGAACCCAUCAACAAUUCAGAUCCAGCUGCUGAUUUACAAGCAGCUAGUGAUGGCCAGCUCCUCCCUAAACACUCCUCUGAACCUGAGACUGAUGACAGUGAUGACUGGACAGAGACUGGAGAAGCUGAGUCAGGUUUAGCCCCAUUCAGUAAACCCCUUUUCAGUGAGAACACAUCUAAUGUUGCAGAGAAACCAUAUUCCUGCUCAACGAGAAAGAACACAGGAAAGGAAGUACGGCAUGGCUCUGUUUGUGGUAAAGACUUUAAACACAAAAGAAACUUAAAAAAACACACAAUGGUUCACAAGAAAGAGAAACCCUACAGCUGCCCAUCCUGUAGUAAAAAAUUUAGUGAUAAUUAUCAAUUGAGGAGACACAUGAAAAGCCAUGCGCAAGAGAAACCAUAUAACUGCUCAGUCUGUGGUAAAGGUUUUAUACAGAAAACAAAGUUAGAAAAACACAUUAGAGUCCACACAGGAGAAAAACCCUUCAGCUGCUCAUCCUGUAGUAAAAGGUUUAGUGAUAAAAAACAGUUGAGAAGACACAUGAGAGUCCACACAGGAGAGAAACCUUUUCCCUGUUCAGUCUGUGGCAAAGGUUUUACAGUGAAAUUUAACUUGAACACACACCUGAGAAUCCAUACAGGAGAGAGACCAUAUAACUGCUCAGUCUGUGGAAAAGGUUUUACACAGAAAGUAAACUUAAAAACACACAUGAAAGUCCACACAGGAUAGAAACUGUUCAGCUGCAGUGUGUGUGGGAGAACUUUGAGCAGGUGUUUGCAGACGUGUGUGUUAGUGAAAGCAGCAGCAGGUGAAGCAGCAGAGCUGCUGCUUGAGCUGAACUCUUCUGCAGUAACAGGACAACAGACGACAGGCAUCAGGGGGGCAAAUGUAUCAAAGUUGAUAUUUGCACUAAAUGGAUGUGUACACAUAGUUCUGAGUUUCUCUGUACAAAGGUUUUUCAUCAGAUGUAUGACCUGUGUCUCAUUGUGGAUCACUGCAUAGCAGAGAAAUCAAUGUGGAGUUGAGAGUAUGUGACCGCAUGUAUCCGCUGCCCUGCUGCCAUUUUUGCCCUUUAAUGGUCAGAAAAACUCCCACAAUUAAACCCUGUAGUGCCCUGUAAAUUUCCAAGUCGUAGUUUAUAUUAAUGUAGGUUAAAUGUCACAGACAACAGCCAAAUGAAUAGAAAGUGUAACUUCACAAAUUGUGAAAUAGACAGAUAUGUAGAUGAGGUUAUUGUGAUUGUUCACAUCUUCACACCCUCCGGUCUAUACAUCCCUGCCUGUGCUGAAUUAUUACUGUACUGUACAACCCUGUAAUGGACACUGGGGGAUUUAAUUCUGACAUCUUCAAUCAACAUUUAGCCUCUU